UUCUCUUUGCAGCCUAAAAUGACUACUGUAUAAAUGUCAUAGCGUAAAUGGCGUCCAAAGUAACAGAUGCUAUAGUCUGGUACCAGAAGAAGAUUGGGGCUUAUGAUCAGCAGAUAUGGGAAAAAUCUGUAGAACAAAAAGAAAUCAAGGGUUUGAGGAACAAGCCAAAGAAAACUGGGCAUGUUAAGCCAGAUCUCAUAGAUGUGGAUCUUGUAAGAGGUUCUGCCUUUGCUAAAGCUAAACCUGAAAGUCCAUGGACCUCACUGACUCGAAAGGGAAUUGUUAGAGUAGUUUUCUUCCCAUUUUUCUUCAGGUGGUGGCUGCAAGUGACAUCACAAGUUAUUUUUUUCUGGCUCCUCGUCCUUUAUCUUCUUCAAGUUGCUGCAGUUGUAUUGUUCUAUACUAUAGAAGGUCCACAUAAAAUACCUCUGACUGAAGUAAUAGGGCCAGUGUGGCUCAUGUUGCUUCUUGGAACUGUGCAUUGCCAGAUUGUUUCCACAAGGACACCCAAGUCAUCUCCAAGUAUAGGAGGAAGAAGGCGAAGGAAAUUAAGGAAAGCAGCACAUUUGGAAGUACAUAGGGAAGGAGAUGGCUCUAGUACUACAGAUAACACACAGGAAGGAACAGUACAGACCUCUGGUACAAGCACCUCUUACAGUAUUGGCGUUUUCUUCAGAGAUAUCUGGCAUGCCGCUUUCUUUUUAUCAGGAUCAAAGAAAGCAAAGAAUUCAAUAGAUAAGUCAACAGAGACUGACAAUGGCUACGUCUCCCUUGAUGGAAAGAAGACUGGCAAAAACCGUGAAGAUGGCUUGCAGUCCCAUGAGGUUCACUCUGAAGUUACUAGAUCAGAAGAGACAUGCUGGAGCACAGGAACAGUCAGAAAUACAUAUAAUAAUAAUUCUAGUCAUCAUAAAGAUACUCACAGAACAAUGGCAAACAUGUCUGAUGAAGUUUCAAGUGAGGAGGGACCAGACACUGGCUAUCACUUGCGUCGUAGCACAGAACGUACUUUCAAUGAUUGUGCAUUUCGGAACAGGAAGUCCCAUCAUUAUAAGAAACAUCCUGUCUUCCAGGAUAUCCCUAAAUCAGGCACUAGUUGCAGUUCACGUUGUUCAAGUUCCAGACAAGAUUCAGAGAGCACAAGGCCAGAGUCUGAGACAGAAGACAUAUUGUGGGAAGACCUGUUACAUUGUGCAGAGUGUCAUUCCUCUUGUACCAGUGAAACAGAUGUUGAGAACUCUCAAGUUAAUUCAUGUAUGAAAAAAGAGUAUAGGGAUGAUCCAUUUCAUCAGAGUCAUUUGCCUUGGUUCCACAGUUCUAACCCUGGUUUGGAAAAAGUGAGUGCAAUUGUUUGGGAAGGUCAUGACUGCAAAAAAGCUGAUAUGUCGGUGCUUGAAAUCAGUGGCAUGAUAAUGAACAGGGUGAACAGCUACAUACCAGGAAUAGGCUAUCAGAUUUUUGGAAAUGUUGUCUCUUUAAUCCUGGGGUUGACUCCAUUUGUAUUUCGACUUUCCCAAGCUAAGGAUUUGGAGCAUCUAGCUACGCAUUCAGCUACCGAACUCUAUACUAUAGCAUUUGGGUCAAAUGGAGACAGAAUGGUUCUUUUUAUGGUUAUAGUAUGCUUUAUAGUCCGUGUCUCCCUUGUGUGGAUUUUCUUUUUCCUCCUGUGCGUGGCUGAGAGAACCUACAAGCAGCGGCUACUUUUUGCCAAACUCUUUGGCCAUUUAACAUCUGCAAGGAGGGCACGAAAAUCAGAAGUUCCUCACUUCCGGUUAAAGAAGGUGCAAAAUAUUAAAAUGUGGCUUUCCCUCCGCUCAUACCUAAAGCGACGAGGUCCUCAGCGAUCAGUUGAUGUUAUAGUCUCAUCUGCUUUUUUGUUGACAAUUUCUGUUGUAUUUAUCUGCUGUGCACAGCUGCUUCAUGUACAUGAGAUCUUCCUAGAUUGUCACUACAACUGGGAACUAGUAAUCUGGUGUAUUUCAUUAACUCUGUUUCUUCUAAGAUUUGUUACACUUGGAUCUGAAACAAGCAAAAAAUACAGCAAUACCUCAAUAUUACUUACUGAACAGAUAAAUCUGUACUUGAAAAUGGAAAAGAAGCCGAACAAGAAGGAAGAACUGACACUAGUGAAUAAUGUUUUAAAACUGGCUACGAAAUUACUCAAGGAGCUGGACAGUCCUUUCAGGUUAUAUGGCUUGACAAUGAAUCCUCUUCUUUAUAACAUCACUCAAGUUGUCAUUCUCUCUGCCGUUUCUGGUGUUAUCAGUGAUUUGCUGGGAUUUAAUCUAAAGCUCUGGAAGAUUAAAUCCUGACAUUUUGCAAAAAAAGGAACCAGACACAAUCCUCUGGAAAAGCGAACUGAUUGACUCAGCUGCCUCAAAGCAAUUGCUGAUUCCAUGUUCAGAUGUUAUGAUCUCUUUAAAGAUAGUGUUUGAAAAUUUGAGGUGUUUACAUCUGUUUUGUGCAAUCUCUGUAUUUAUUUUACCUUUUCAAUUUUGUAAACUGUUUUAGCUGACAUUGUAUUUUAUUUUGAAACACUGAUGUGCUUUGAAAGGGUCAGGGUAUCCAGGUAUUUGUCAUUCAAAACUGAUCAAAUGUGUUUCAUUUUAAUUUUUUUUCCUUAAAAAUUGAGGCCAGUGCUAGGCUUUUAUACUUCUGAAGUUCUUAUUACAACAAUAUCAUGCUGAAGUCAUUGUAUUGAAUAUGUACUAUAAAAUGUUUAGAACAUUUCAUUGUGAACCACCCUUUCAGGGUAGUAUCAAAGCACCAGCAUAUUGUUGGUUACAGUAGAAAGUGACAUUUACUGUAAUAACAAUGCAGUAGGCCAGGUAGCUGAAACUUAUUUAUAUAUGUAUGUAAGUAUGUAUCCUAGAGCCAGCCGGUGUCAUUACUGAUGUGAUUCUUGAAUUUGAAACAUACUGAACUGAAGUUUAAACUUCACUGAAUAUUAGUAAGGUAUUACAUAGCAGGUCAAAAAAGAGCUCUUUGAUAACAUUUUUAUUAGAGCAAUAACUGUAAACUGUUACCAUACUGUAAGAUAUUUUGAUAAAAAAAAUAGCUAUAGUAUUUAUUUGAAACACUGGGCUGUUUGCACAGCUUUGACUGUGACGCUCAGCAUCUGCACUUUUAUUGUUACUUUUAAUAAUGAUCUUUAUAUAUACUAAAUGGAAUAUAUUAUGGUGAACUGUGGUGCAAUAAUGUUACCUCUGAAAUAUGGAUAUUUAGACUUCAAGAGAGAGAGAGAGACAAAAACUUUAUGUACGCUCAAGAUAAUUCCUGCCAUAGUACAUCGUAGACUUAUACCACAAGUCGAAAUAACAGCUGUGUGUGUGAAAUUAUAGCUCUUUUUAAAAAUUAAGUCCUAAUCCUGUUGAGGAGCAAGUGCAGUUGAUAUUAAUAGAAGCAGACAUUCUUGGAUUGCCAGAUUACAAUCCUAUCUACACUUUAGGGUAAACCUAUUGAAUUUAUUGGACUUCUGAAUAAACACAUGUUCAGACGGCUACAUUGUGAUCCUCACUUUUUAGUUUAGCCUUGUUGAUUUCCAUGGAUGUGAGAAAACGUUUUCAAGGAAUGAAACCCAGUUAUAUGCAGAUGCCAUUUGAUACUAAUUGGGGAAGGGUUAGCAGUUAUAAGUAACAGUAGUUAGGGCUGUCCUUUCAAACAAGUAACUAAUUUUUAGUUAUGCAGUUAAUUCUCAGUUUGAACUGUAAUGCCUGUAGAUGAUCGCCUUGAUCAUCAAGGUGUCUUUCUACAGACAUUAUUAGAGUUGAAAGGCCUGAUGUAGAGAUGUGGUGCUGUGAUGCAUCAAAUGCUUACUGUGUGCAGUCAGAGCAUCCUUGAGUUAUCUCACUCACUUCAAUAGUGUCGACAGCUUUACAUGUACAAAGAUAUGUAGACACUGAGCUGCCUUUCAAGUGAUAUGAGUGCGGUUGCUUGUGUGUGCUUUACAGUCCACAGGAGGAUCCGGAUUAGGGUCACUGCAUCUGCACAGAUGGCUCUGGUUUAGGCAUGUUGCUUUAUCACUGUUCUGUGAAGCAGGAUAAAUUUAUUUUUAAUAUGGCCAAGAUGAAAAUCCUUUUACUCUCACUAGUUCAUGCUAUCCUGUAAAAUCAUAACAGGAAAUUAUCCUAAAAGGGACAACAUUAUCAUACAGCAUAUUCUGCACUAGAGAAUGUGCAUUGUUUUUACCAUUCCCCAGACCUCCUAUUUUGUGGACUGUAACAGCCGAAAACAGCAUGCUGAUUAAAAAAAAAAAAGAUUUAUCAUCAGACUUUCAGAAUUAUUGAGAGAGAUCAUUAAUUGUGUGGUAUGAUGUAUUUUUAUAUAUAAAGCAACAUAAACAUUUUGUAUUUUAUUUGUUGCUGUACUAAUGUUUAAUAAUGACCAAAGUGCAUUCUAUUUUUUCCUCCAAGGAAUGUAUUACUAGAGCUUUAAGAACAUGCUGUGUUUAGUUUAUCAUGUAGAAAUCUUUGGCUCUGUGGUCUGUUCUUCUUCUGUCAUCUGAUGAUGGGGCUGUGUUUAGGAAAAAAGGAUAUUUUAUAUUCUUUUUUCUGAAUACAAUACAGAUCUACACAGAACUAAAUUUUGCAAAGAAUGGAUUUUAAGAAAAACACAGGAGGAGGUAUGUAAUGGUAAAACAUUAGUCUUCAUUUUUAAAAAAAAGUUCAGUAGUUUUCAAAACAUAUUUUAGCUGCUUGAAUGGGGACUAGGUAAUAGUGUUGUUAAGGAGGAGUAACAAUUCAUGUUGGUGAUAAAAGAGAGAUUUAUCUAUGCUAUACCUCAGCAACUAGAAAUAUGCUAGAUUGUUGCACAAAUUAUGGCAGAGUGGCAAAAUUUAUAACGAGGGUUUACAAAUAGUAAAGUACCUCAUACUAAAGAUUAGUAUAUAGAAAUUGUUAUCAUUGUGUACAUAAAACAUGCAAGAAAGGCUAAGUGUCUUACAUCCCUUUUUUGAAAAAAUAGAUGUUUGAAGAAAUGUGGCAGAUCUUGUGUGUUAACCAUUUCUGACACUUCUGUAACAAACUGUGAUCAGGCUUGGAAUAAAACAUUCUUUGACUGAUGGUAUAAA